AACAAGUUGCUAAAAAUAUAUCGCAGACCAUGAACUUGUUUACUUAAGUGUUCCAAGGCGGAGGACGGAGACUACUCUAGCUACAUGGACGCUCUAGCAAGUCAUGUUCCAGAACUAGGCUACCCUCUGAUUUACUCUGCAGAUUACAAGACUGGGAGAGCAUCUGGACCUAGUCUACAAUAAACUCAAAGCACUGGCCGCCUAGGUCUAGUGGUUGAGAAUCUCCUUGUCUACCCGGAGAAGUCACAGUGAGCUGGAGGGCUUCGUCAUUCCCAUGACUGCUCACCACCCCUCUUCCGAGGAAAUUACUCCCUCAGAACACUUCCCGAGUCAGGCCUCCUGCAUCACACACUGUUUCAGCCAUGUCCUCGGUGUUCCCUGCAGAAGAAACCCCAUCUCCUGACUCUUCCCCCCAAAGAACAGGGAAACAAUUCUCCCACUCUCUGAGCAGUCCCCAGCUGCUGGCUGAGCUGGUGAAACAUCCGGCCCUCAGGAGCCCCCGGGAGCCGUCCCCUGAACGCUCCUCACCGCUCACCUCCCCCCCGACAUCUCCUAUUUCCCCUCCAGCCACACCCUGGACCCCACCUGUGACCCCCCCACAGCCUCUCUCCCCCACACCGGAGAGUCUUUCUCUCAGCAGUCCAGAGCUCCUGUCUGAACUGAAGCAGGUUCGGACCCUAAGGCAUGUCAACCCCCAGCGUGCCCUCACCACUGUCUUCUCCGGCAGAGGCCGUGGGAAUCGAGGCUCAACUCAAGUGUCACACUCCACUGGCCAGUCCCAGUCCCUUCCUUCACCAGAAGCAGUCACAGAUGAGAGAAGACAGAAUGCAGGCAGUCAGCGGGUGGCCAAUGGGACGCAGCGAUAGAAUGGGUCAGAAUGUCAAAUUGUCCAUAGUGCAUCUGUCAGUAACACUGUUUCCAACUGUACUGUAAGACUUCCAGUCAUAGGGUCAAUCAUUCUAUGUCAUUCAAGCCAUUGCACUGACAACAGUAUAAACGAUUCACAAUGCAAAUGUCACUUAUGAUUUUUAUAAAAAAUCAUUAUUUUCAGAUUUCCUCUCAUGAAUAAACAUGUUAAAAAAUA